ACAACUCUGCCCUUAGAAGGCUUAUCUCUAUCUACGGAGAGCACGCCGAGGCACACAUUUUCAACCUUUAGUCUUCCAUUUGCACACUCUCUCCGCAGCAUCAAUGGCGGCACUCAUUGCUUGAUCAAUUUCAGUCCUUUGUUUGAAUCUCACACAACCGUCCCUCCACAGUUUGAAUCAGCCGUUGUGAAGAUGAGAGUUGCGGUGGUAGGCGGUGGAAUUAGUGGACUUGUUUCAGCUUACGUUCUUGCAAAAGCAGGCGUUCAGGUGGUGCUUUAUGAGAAGGAACAUUGCCUUGGAGGCCAUGCCAAGACUGUCACUUGCGAUGCUGUUGAUUUAGACCUUGGUUUCAUGGUCUUCAAUCGUGUAACAUAUCCAAAUAUGAUGGAGUUUUUCGACAGUCUUGGAGUUGAUAUGGAGAUUUCAGAUAUGUCAUUCUCAGUCAGCUUAGAUAAAGGCCUAGGCUGCGAAUGGGGUAGCAGAAAUGGUCUCUCCAGCUUGUUUGCUCAGAAGAAGAACCUAUUCAAUCCAUACUUCUGGCAAAUGAUUCACGAGAUUGUCAAGUUUAAGAAUGAUGUUCUCAGUUAUGUUGAAGAGCUCGAAAACAAUCCGGACCUUGAUCGCAAUGAGACCUUGGGGCAGUUCAUGAAGUCGCGGGGCUACUCUGAGUUAUUUCAGAAGGCUUAUCUUAUUCCCAUAUGUGGUUCAAUAUGGUCCUGUCCCUCUGACGGAGUGUUGAGCUUCUCAGCUUUCUCUGUUCUUUCAUUUUGCCGUAAUCAUCAUCUACUUCAGCUCUUCGGCCGCCCACAAUGGCUUACUGUCAGAUGGCGUUCACAUACUUAUGUCAACAAGGUCAAGGAACAACUUGAGAGCUGGGGUUGUCGAAUAAGAACUGAUUGUGAGGUGUGUUCUGUUGUGUCAGCUGAUGAAGGUUGCAGUGUAGUAUGUAGAAAUGGUUCUCAAGAAUUGUAUAAUGGCUGCAUAAUUGCAGUUCAUGCUCCGGAUGCUCUGAGAAUGCUCAGAAGCCAAGCUACAUUCGAUGAAACCAGAGUACUUGGUGCAUUCCAGUAUGUCUACAGUGAUAUUUACCUUCAUCGUGACAAAAGUUUUAUGCCCCAAAACCCAGCAGCAUGGAGUGCUUGGAACUUUCUUGGAAGUACAGACAGAAAAGUCUGCCUAACUUACUGGCUCAAUGUGCUUCAGAACCUUGGUGAAACCACUUUACCUUUUCUUGUAACACUCAAUCCGGAACUUAGGCCAGAGCAUACGUUGCUUAAAUGGACGACUGGUCAUCCAGUCCCAUCUGUUGCUGCAUCAAAAGCUUCACUUGAGCUCGAUUGUAUUCAGGGAAAGAGAGGAAUUUGGUUUUGCGGAGCUUAUCAGGGUUAUGGCUUCCAUGAGGAUGGACUGAAGGCAGGCUUGAGUGCUGCACAUGGAGUGCUGCGAAAACCUUGUGAAAUUUUGUGCAACCCGAAACACAUGGUACCAUCACUGAUGGAAACAGGAGCCCGAAUUUUUGUUGCUAGAUUUCUAGGACAUUAUAUCUCUACUGGCACUUUGAUUUUACUGGAGGAAGGAGGCACAAUAUAUACUUUUGAGGGAACUAAGAAAAGCUGUCAUCUGAAAACUAUUUUGAGAGUUCAUAAUCCCCAGUUUUACUGGAAGGUUAUGACACAAGCUGAUUUAGGCCUUGCAGAUUCAUAUAUCAAUGGAGAUUUUUCAUUUGUGGAUAAAGAAGAAGGUCUUCUAAAUCUAUUUAUGAUUCUUAUUGCCAACAGAGAUCUUGAUUCUUCUGUCUCCAAAUUGAAGCAGAAAAGGGGUUGGUGGUCACCAAUGUUAUUGACAGCUGGUAUAGCAUCUGCAAAGUAUUUCUUUCGCCAUGUUUCUAGACAAAAUACUCUUACACAAGCUCGUAGAAAUAUAUCUCGUCACUAUGAUCUGAGCAAUGAACUUUUUGCGCUGUUCUUGGACGAAUCAAUGGCUUACUCAUGUGCUGUAUUUAAGAGUGAGGAUGAAGACCUGAAAGUGGCGCAAAUGAGAAAAAUUUCUCUUCUGAUUGAGAAAGCAAGAGUUAGUAAAGAGCAUCGAGUUCUAGAAAUUGGUUGUGGAUGGGGAACCUUAGCCAUUGAAAUUGUUAAACGAACGGGAUGCAAAUACGCAGGUGUUACUCUUUCUGAGGAGCAACUCAAGUAUGCUGAAAUGAAAGUUAAGGAAGCUGGCCUUCAGGAUCAUAUCAGAUUUUACCUCUGUGACUAUCGCCAGUUGCCUAAAACCAGCAAAUAUGACAGAAUUAUUUCUUGUGAGAUGAUUGAAGCUGUAGGCCAUGAAUUCAUGGAGGAAUUUUUCGGCUGCUGCGAAUCAGUCCUCGCGGACAACGGGCUUCUUGUUCUACAGUUCAUAUCGAUACCGGACGAGCGCUACAACGAGUAUAGGCUGAGUUCAGACUUUAUAAAGGAAUACAUUUUUCCUGGUGGAUGCCUGCCUUCAUUAAGUAGAAUAACAUCAGCCAUGGCUUCUGCAUCCAGACUCUGUGUGGAGCAUGGGGAAAAUAUUGGAAUCCAUUAUUACCAAACACUCCGAUGUUGGAGAAAAAAUUUCAUGGAAAAACAAAGCAACAUUCUUGCUCUGGGAUUCAACGAGAAGUUCAUUCGGACAUGGGAGUAUUAUUUUGAUUAUUGUGCGGCUGGUUUCAAGUCUUACACACUGGGAAAUUACCAGAUUGUAUUUUCACGUCCUGGGAACACAUCAGCAUUUUGCAAUCCUUAUGAAGCAUUUCCUUCGGCAUGUUGAAGGGAGACCAGAGGCCAUAUAUACUUUCUUAUUCAAAACAUAUCAGAUUAUUGCAGGAUUAUUUAUAAUAAUUAGUGUGUUUUGGCUUCUUCCAUUUGAUUUUGUGAUUAGAUUGUGAUAUUCAUUUCUUGACGGGGCAAUUAGUUCCACGUUUAUACACAAUAUUGAAAAAGAAAAUAAAGCAAUUUAUUAUUGAAAA